CGAAUCUUAAGAAAGGGGGAGGCGCUGAUCAGCUGUGUAUAUAAACAGCGUGUGGGCAGAAACCUUUCAAAGCUGCAGCUGAGCAUCCUUUGUCUACCUGCAACACUCUCAAGACUUAAACUUUUCCGGAGGACUUUACUAAAGUGAUCACAUGGACACUUUCAACAUGGAAAUAAACAUCAAAAUGCUGGAUGGGUCUUGCCACACACUGGAGGUGAACCCAGCUUGGGCAGUAGGCUAUCUUAAAAUACGCAUCCAGGAGAAACUGGGAGUUCCCUGCAACACUCAGAAGCUGAUGUUUGUGAACGGCCACAGCACUCAUCUCAGCGACGACUCAAAGCCCCUCGGCUGGUACAGCCUGCACCGAGGAGCCACCGUGUCCCUGCUGGUGACCCAGCCGGUAAACCAGCCGGUGCAGGUGUUCCUCAGAAACGAGAAGGGGGUGACCACCACCUACGACAUCAAACUGGACGAGACUGUGAGCCACUUCAAGAGCAGGGUCCAGAGCAGAGAGGGGGUCCCUGUGAGCCAGCAGAGGCUCAAUCAUCAAGGCAGAGAGAUGAACGAGGGGAAACUGUCCGACUACAACGUCACUGCAAUGAGCACCAUCGACCUGAUGCUCCGUCUGAGAGGAGGCUGAGGACACUUCCGGUUACCAGAAAGUGACUAUUCUGCACAUUCCCUUUUUAAAAUCCGAAUGAACAAUAUAUAGCCUUGAAUUCCAUAUUUUAUUUUAUUUAUUUGUAUUUUACUUUGGACAAAUGGAUGCAUUCCUACACGUGUAAAGGUAGCAUGUAUCUUCCCAAAAAAAAACCCAAUUAGGGUUAUUUAAUUUUGGUUCUGAAUUCGAAAUUUAUCGUUCAUAUUUAUUCCCAAUGUUUCAUUUGAAAUAAGUUGUGAGAAAAACAUUUAAAAAGUGCUGGUCAUGUGUUUAGAUGUGUUAUUUUUUUCACUUGACACCUGCUCUUUAACGGUUAAAUCUUGUUUUAAUUUCAGUGUUAUUUUUAUGCAAAUUGUGAGUCACCGCCAGGGUAUUGGCAACCUGUGUGAUCAGGACAUUAAGUGCAAUUGUUUAAAAUUGUGAUUUACAUUGUGAUCCUAAUGCAUCCUGUUUUCAAUGUUCAAUGUUCAGUGUUCAAUGUUUUUCUACAAUAAAAACAUUUUUAAAAGUUA